GAAAUACUGAGAAAGCAAAAGCAUACACAUGUACUCUAUAGAUGCGCAAACGCCAUCUCCUGCGAAGUUUACAAGUUGUUCAUCGAUCGAUUCUCGCGCCCACCAGUUGAAACCCUCGUGCUUUCUUUCUUUCACACUUCAAAAAAGCAGCAUCAUGGCUAGUGAGCAGCAGGGAAAUGUUCUCAUUGGAGUUAUCGGAGGAAGCGGACUGUACCAUCUGGACAACCUUUCCUUCAUUAAACAUGUAAACCCAGAAACACCCUGGGGCCAUCCUAGUUCGCCUAUUACUAUUUGUGCCCUUCCCUCGGGUACACAAGUCGCUUUCCUCGCUCGACAUGGUAUUGGACACACACUCUCACCCUCGGCUGUCCCAUGCCGCGCCAACAUCGCGGCCCUGAAGAGUCUCGGUGUUCGUGCCAUUUUGGCUUUCUCUGCAGUGGGAUCUCUGAGGGAGGAGAUCGCUCCUGGCGACUUUGCCAUCCCUUCUCAAAUCAUUGAUCGCACGAAGGGCAUCCGUCCAACGAGUUUUUUCGAGGGAACUAGCGUUGUUGCCCAUGCUGCAUUCGGCGAUCCGUUCGCAAUCAAGUUCACCAAGUGGCUUGAAGAGCGAGUACAGAAAGUACUGCAGAGUGCUGGAAAUGGAUCAAAACUACACACGGACAAAGUAAUUGUGUGCAUGGAGGGGCCACAGUUCUCAACCAGGGCGGAGAGCAAGAUGUACAGGGCAUGGGGUGGAGACCUGAUCAACAUGAGCGUUCUGCCGGAGGCAAAGUUGGCAAGGGAGGCCGAACUUAGCUACGCAUUGAUUGCUACGUCGACUGAUUACGAUUCAUGGCGGGAACAUGAGGGAUAUGUGACCGCAGCAGAGGUAUUCAAGACGCUACAGACUAAUGCAGAGCUAUCGCGAAAAGUGGCUGCGAGUAUUCUGGACGAACUGCAUGAGGCGGCUGAGGAGGGAGAUAUCUUGACGGAAGAGGUUGGAUCGAUGAGGUUUUCCAUUAUGCCUCGAUCGGAAAAACAGAAAGAGGAAGACCGAGAGAAACUGAGAUAUGUUUUGGCCGACUAUUUUAGCUAGAGUGUAUGUAGAAGGAGGAAUAGAUAGAAAGAGAAAUUUGAGACAAGG